AUGAGCAGUGGCUCACCUGGUGCAGCUUUGGUCACCUGGUUGGAGGCCCUGCCGCCCUCAGGGCUUCAGGAGGGCGGCUCCUCAGUCGGCUGCCUGCGACUGCACUUCUGCUCCAGCAGGCGGCGCUGCUGCUCCAGCUGUGCACCAUCAUCCUCUGACCCACAUCUGACGCGGCCGACACGAAGCACCGAGCAGCUCCCAGCACCUGUCAGCCCCGUCACUGCUGAACAGCACCUUCCUCUUCCUCACUUUCCUCCGUGGGUUUCUAAGCGGGGCUCGGGGCCCCCGGGCGGUCCUGAGGGGCCCCCGAGCGGUCCCGAGGGGGGUGAUGGUGCAAUGGAGCUGCGUGGCGUGCUGCUGCUGGCCGUGCUGCAGUGCUGCUCGGUGGCGAGGUGCGGCUGCGAGCCGCGGCUGGUGAACAUCGGCGCCGUGCUGAGUCAGCGGCGCUACGAGCAGGUGUUCAAGGAGGCGGUGAGCCAGGCCAACGCUCUGUACGGCCGCGACAAGUUCAAGAUGAACGCCAUCUCCGUCACGCAUAAACCCAACGCCAUCCAGAUGGCCCUGUCCGUCUGCGAGGACCUGAUCUCCAACCAGGUGUAUGCCAUCCUGGUCAGCCACCCCCCCCAGUCCAACGACCACCUGACGCCCACGCCCGUCUCCUACACCGCCGGCUUCUACCGGAUCCCCGUGGUCGGCCUGACCACCCGCAUGUCCAUCUACUCUGACAAGAGCAUCCACCUGUCCUUCCUCAGGACGGUGCCUCCGUACUCCCACCAGGCUCAGGUGUGGUUCGACAUGAUGCGCGAGUUCAGGUGGAACCACAUCAUCCUGAUCGUCAGCGACGACCACGAGGGCCGAGCGGCACAGAAGAGACUGGAGACGCUGCUGGAGGAGAGAGAGACCAAGACUAAAAACAGGAACUAUGAAAACCUCGACCAACAGUCCUUUGACUUCAGGAGAGGACCCAAGGCGGAGAAGGUGCUGUUGUUCAGCCAGGACACCAACCUGACCGCUCUGCUGCUGGAGGCCAAAGACCUCGAGGCCAGAGUCAUCAUCCUCUCUGCCAGUGAGGAUGAAGCUGCUGCAGUGUAUAAAGCCGCCCGGCAGCUGAACAUGACCGGCUCUGGCUACGUCUGGCUGGUCGGUGAGAGAGAGAUGACCGGCAAAGCUCUGAAUGAAGCACCAGAUGGCCUGCUGGGCCUCCAGCUCAUAAACGGUAAGAACGAGUCGGCGCACAUCACGGACGCGGUGGCGGUGGUGGCUCAGUCGCUGCAGGAGCUGUUUGAGAAGGAGAACAUCACGGAGCCGCCGCGAGGCUGCGUGGGAAACACCAACAUCUGGAGGACCGGGCCGCUCUUCAAACGGGUGCUGAUGUCAUCCAAGUACCCCGACGGCCUGACGGGGCGGAUCGAGUUCAAUGACGACGGCGACCGGCGCUUCGCCACCUACAGCAUCCUCAACUACCAGCAGAAGCCCGGGCGCCUCGUCCAGGUCGGCGUCUUCAACGGCUCGCAGGUGGUGAUGAACACUCAGAGGAAGAUCAUUUGGCCUGGAGGAGAGACAGAGAAACCUCGAGGAUACCAGAUGUCAACCAGACUGAAGAUUGUGACGAUCCACCAGGAGCCGUUUGUUUACGUGAAGCCGACGAAGAGCGACGGGACGUGUAAGGAGGAGUACACCGUGAACGGAGUGGUGAUCAAGAAGGUGAUCUGCACCGGCCCCAAUGGGACUAUCCCAGGCCAGCCCAUCGUGCCUCAGUGUUGCUAUGGUUUUUGCAUCGACCUGCUCAUCAAGCUGGCCAUGAACAUGAACUUCACCUACGAGGUGCACCUGGUGGCUGAUGGGAAAUUUGGCACACAAGAGCGCGUGAACAACAGUAACAAGAAGGAGUGGAACGGCAUGAUGGGAGAGCUGCUGGGCGGCCUGGCCGACAUGAUCGUGGCUCCGCUCACCAUCAACAACGAGCGCGCUCAGUACAUCGAGUUCUCCAAGCCCUUCAAGUACCAGGGGCUCACCAUCCUCGUCAAGAAGGAAAUCCCUCGCAGCACUCUGGACUCGUUCAUGCAGCCGUUCCAGAGCACACUGUGGCUGUUAGUCGGUCUGUCGGUCCACGUGGUGGCAGUGAUGCUUUACCUAUUAGACCGGUUCAGCCCGUUUGGAAGGUUUAAAGUGAACAGCGAAGAAGAAGAAGAAGACGCCCUCACCCUGUCCUCCGCCAUGUGGUUCUCAUGGGGAGUACUGCUGAACUCUGGGAUAGGAGAAGGAGCUCCCAGGAGUUUCUCAGCGAGGAUUCUGGGUAUGGUGUGGGCGGGUUUUGCCAUGAUCAUCGUGGCGUCGUACACUGCCAACCUGGCAGCCUUCCUGGUGCUGGACCGGCCUGAGGAGCGCAUCACUGGCAUCAACGACCCCAGGCUGCGUAACCCAUCAGAUAAGUUCAUCUACGCCACAGUGAAGCAGAGCUCGGUGGACAUCUACUUCCGGCGGCAGGUGGAGCUCAGCACCAUGUACCGGCACAUGGAGAAACACAACUACGAGAGCGCCGCCGAGGCCAUCCAGGCCGUCCGAGACAACAAGCUGCACGCCUUCAUCUGGGACAGCGCCGUGCUGGAGUUCGAGGCGUCGCAGAAGUGCGACCUGGUGACGACAGGCGAGCUCUUCUUCAGGUCUGGAUUUGGGAUCGGGAUGAGGAAGGACAGUCCCUGGAAACAGAACGUCUCCCUGGCUAUUCUCAGCUCUCAUGAGAACGGCUUCAUGGAGGAUCUGGACAAGACGUGGGUUCGAUACCAGGAGUGUGACUCCAGGAGCAACGCUCCGGCUACGCUCACCUUCGAGAACAUGGCAGGUGUGUUCAUGCUGGUCGCCGGCGGCAUCGUCGCUGGAAUCUUCCUCAUCUUCAUCGAGAUCGCGUACAAGCGACACAAAGACGCUCGCAGGAAACAGAUGCAGCUCGCCUUCGCCGCCGUCAACGUGUGGAGGAAGAACCUGCAGGAUAGGAAAAGUGGUAGAGCAGACCCCGAGCCCAAAACCUCUUUUAGGUCCAUCACUUCGACCUCCGACCUCAAACGCCGUAGGGCCUCCGGGGACGCCACGCCGUACCCCACUGACAUCACCGGCCAGCUCAACCUAUCAGAUCCCUCCGUCAGCACCGUCGUCUGAGAGAGAGACAGGAGCUGCUGCACUGCUGCUAUGCCUGCUGAGCCACACACACACACACACACACACACACACACACACACACACACGUACACACACACACACACGGACUGAGCUUCCUCCAAAACAGGAAGUGGGAUACGAUGGCAUCAGGACUUUGGACAGCGACACACUGUGCCAUCUGGAAACACACACACACACACACACACACAUACAUACACACACACACACACACACACACCACCUGUCAACCCGUACCCAGCUCCUCAUGAGCCCUGCUCCACCCAGUACACACACACACACACACACACACACACUCACACACACACACACACACACACACACACACUCACACACACACACAUUCGUCUUGUAGCUGUCACUCCCUUCUAUACCGAGAGGGUCUUUUAUUUUGAAGAAGCGUUUGACCUUUAUUUUGCUGAGACGUGGUGUUUAGCGGCACGCGGUCAGUAGAUUAGUCGAUCUGUGAUGUCAGUCUCUUCUACCUCCACAGCUCUGAUUCGACCUGCCACUCACACCCACAGCCAAUCAGAACCUCCCGCCGGCCGCCUGGCCCCGCCCCCUGCAGCCGGCCAAUCGCAGCUUCUGCUCAUUUCUUCACUUUUCCGACAUCAAACUUUUCCGACGUCGCACGUUUUCCUCGCCAAGAUCAAAGCGUGAGCCGAUCGCGACAGAGCCGACUGGCCCCGCCCACCAGCCGACUGGCCCCGCCCACCAGCCGAGACGCCGCCGCCUCUCAGCGUCUGAUGCUUUUAUUUUUGGGAGUGGCGAGCGCGAAGCGUCUGAAACCUGAGCAGGUUCUCCUGAUUUCUGUCAGGAAGCAUGACGAGCGGCAGGAAAACGCUUCUCCAGCUCAUUUUCUCG